UGCAAGUAGUACUACUGGUCAAAUAGCGUCCUCCAGCAGCUGGAAACCGUGUUUCGCUCCGCAGCAGGUAUGCCCGACUUGGACGUGUUGGUCGGUUAGGGGGGGCCGAUACUGAACACGCGGGAUCUCGUAUGCGCUUCGUCAAGCUCCCAGGCUUCAUGGCGACCGUUUUCGGCGAGUCGGGCCCAACAAAUGUGGAAGUUCUAAACCAUCCCACCCGGCGUCAGUCGAAUGGGGCGCCAGGGGCGCCAGGCCCGAACAGGCGCAUGUCCGCGGACAGCGAGGCGGUGGCGGCAGAGGCAGGAGACCACUUCGAGAUGCUGCCCACCUCUGGUACCCAGGCCCCUAGGCUCCCACAGAGGCCAACGACGGUGCAGGCACCGCUUAGCUCCGGUAGCGACAGGGGAAGGGGCAUCGAGAGGUGGUCCUCUUCAUCUAGUCGAAUAAUGGCAAGUUCCAAGGUAACCGCAUCACGGCGGUUUGCGCAGCCGCUAGCGAGCGAGGGACAUGGUAGUGUUUUUCCGGUGGAGCUCCCGCUGUCCAAGAGACGAGCUUUCGAGGUGGAGAUCAUCAAGAGAUUUGACAGGCGAAGACAGUUGCUGGACGUGAACACCCACGUAGGGGAGUUUUGGUUUAUCAUAGACGCGAUCUGGAUGUCCACUUGGGUAAAUUUCGUCAUGGGAAAGUCAGGUCCUCCGGGCCCCAUCUCAAAUCACAACCUCUUCACCCACUACUCCGGCAACAGACGCGAAUCUAUGCUCGUGCACCACGCCGCUUCCUCGGCACGCGGCGUCAUGGCAUCCCGGCCAGACCUCAAGCUGAAAGACGGCCUGCGGAAAUUGAAGGACUACCGUGCGGUUCAUCCGCUGGUUUGGUACCUUUUCCGCGAGAUCUACUCGGCGGAUGAUGCCCCGGAAUUGUGCAGGUGGAAGGCCGAGAUCUAUCAGGCCGAAGUCCAAAUCACGAGAAAGCUCAAGUGUUGCGAGGAAGCACACACCAAGGCGGUGUACGAGCUGCGCAGGUUCUGCGCGAAAAUCAAAGAAGAUAUGGGGGAGUGAAUAUGCAAUGACGGCUGGCCGAGCUUCCACCCUAAGCCAUUAAAAAAAAUGGAAUCCGCGCUGAAACUGCGCCGUUUUAGCUCCGACCGAACGCUGCAUAUGGCGGUUUCGAGAUCGCCAACAUCGAACACAGAUCGGGUCGUCAGACUUGGCUAUGGUAAUGCUUUUGCAAAAUGUUCGGAGCGGGAAUUCUGACGUCGUACUAUACCCUUUCGCCCAUGUUGUUCGUACUCAUCCACUCGAUUGUAUUGCUUGUAAAAUAGGGGAGUGUGGGGACCCGUUGAUGAUACUUGUAACAGGAUAGUUUCCAGAUCAAAGAAUAUGGUAAGAUUUAGAACCUCCCGUUUUGCCUUUGUCCCAGUUUGGGGCAGGAAAUCCGCUGCGUGCACAAUCUUGCGUGGCCCGCCUGUGGCCAGAGGAAGAGAUGAUGGGAAUGCUGUUUGUUGUACAUGUUGUCUUGUCCCCCUAAUGGCAGCCGCUUUGCAGUUUGGAAGUAACAGCAGUAAUGAAACAUUGUGAAGUUGACGGUGUUGGACAGAGCGUGUCUGAAGUGGUACGAUGAGAGCGGGUUCGUAAUCUUGGCAUAUCAUGAUGUCGAUGGAGAAAGAGAAUGCGUUACGGCCCUAUGUACACGUACCAGGUGGUGGUUGAGGCUAUACUCCGGUAUGACGCCCUUGUAACAAGCCAGCGCCAGUCACUCGCUAGAGUAAGUGGGACAUGAUAAUCUUGAGCUGUCCUUGUGUGGCGACAUAAAGCCCGCGAUGAAUGCCUGGACUUGUAGCCAGGAUCGAGAUACCUGCCAGAAACCUCAAACUGCCAUUGGGAGCCUCUCGUUGUUUGCCGAGCUCGUGGUGCAGGAUGUAUCCAUUUUCAUACUUGAGCUUGGCUGGAGCUUGUCGCUUGCCUUUGCCCGCCACAACUACGCUCACCACAUGUCUCGUUAUAGCCAGGUAAAUACAGGUUUGUGGCAGCAAGGUUUUUGUCUCGACCACUGCCGUUCACACUUCCUGUGAGAUCCUUCUGGCACGCCACCGCGGUAAGGCUUGCUUGCCGGGGCUACUGCUGUGCCUCUGAAGGCGGGGAAUUGCCGAACCUCUUGGACGCGAAGCUAUGGGGUGGUGGUCUGGGCAUCGAAGAAGAACAUGAUGAGUGUUCCGUACACGUGUGUGCUUAGUUGGCUUUCACCAUACGUAGCCUAGGGUUCACGAACCAAUGCACUCAGUGAGGAGUGCCUCAUGGCAGGGAGCCUUCGAUUUCGAGCCCACACCGUCUUGCAAAAAAAACGCGACGCUUUGAAGGGGACUCGGCCCAGGAGUUGCAGAGUGCGAAUUUUCUAUCGGUCAAAGGCCAAAACAGCAGUGAACGACAGCAAAACAAUCAGAUUUCGGUUUCUUGCUGUGCCGCGCGGUCGCAUUUCUCGUGUUUAUCGUCGCUAUUUCAUGUUUGAUUGCAGCUGUAUUCCCAGCAUUGAUGUACUUUGUCAACAGCCGGUCAGCCACCCUUUUCUCCCGGUACCUCUUCCAUCUCAAUGGAACGAAAGUUACG